GCCCCCGCGCCCAGGCGGCUGCUCCCUGCUGACUGGGGUGUGGGCGGGGAGCGGCGGAGGGAGGAGGAGGCGCUGCUGGCCGCCGCGGUCGCCUCCGCUGCUGGGCGCCUGGGCAGCUCCCCGGUUUCUGCGGCCGCCAUGGACGAGCAGGCGGGUCCCGGCGUCUUCUUCAGUAAUAACCACCCGGGCGCCGGCGGUGCCAAGGGUCUCGGGCCUCUGGCGGAGGCUGCACCGGCCGGCGACGGGGUGGCUGCGGCGGGGGCGGCCAGAGCUCAGUACAGCCUGCCGGGGAUCCUGCACUUCCUGCAGCAUGAGUGGGCCCGCUUCGAGGUGGAGAGAGCCCAGUGGGAGGUGGAGCGGGCGGAGCUGCAGGCCCAGAUUGCUUUCCUUCAGGGGGAAAGGAAAGGUCAAGAAAAUUUGAAGAAGGACCUUGUGAGAAGGAUCAAAAUGCUGGAGUAUGCUCUUAAACAGGAAAGAGCCAAAUACCACAAGUUGAAAUAUGGGACAGAAUUGAAUCAGGGAGAUAUGAAGCCUCCAAGCUAUGAUUCUGAUGAAGGUAAUGAAACAGAGGUGCAGCCACAACAAAACAGCCAGUUAAUGUGGAAACAAGGUCGACAGCUACUCAGACAGUAUCUACAGGAGGUGGGUUACACAGAUACUAUCCUAGACGUGAAAUCUAAACGAGUGCGAGCCUUGUUGGGUUUUUCAAGUGAACUCACGGACAGAGACGAUGACAAAAAUCAGGACUCAGUAAUAAAUGGCACAGAGGCUGAAGUUAAAGAGACAGCAAUGAUUGGAAAAUCCGAGUUAACAGAUUCUGCCUCUGUGCUGGAUAAUUUCAAAUUCCUGGAAAGUGCAGCUGCAGAUUUUAGUGAUGAAGAUGAAGAUGAUGACAUUGAUGGAAGAGAGAAAAGCACCAUUGAUACUUCAACGAUUGUUAGGAAAAAAGCAUUGCCUGAUAGUGAAGAUCGAGAUACAAAAGAAGCUCUAAAGGAAUUUGACUUCUUGAUUACAUCAGAGGAAGGGGACAGUGAAUCCAGAAGUGCUGGCGAUGGAACAGACUGGGAAAAGGAAGACCAGUGUCUCAUGCCUGAAGCCUGGAAUGUGGACCAGGGAGUAAUUACCAAACUCAAGGAACAAUACAAAAAGGAGAGAAAGGGGAAAAAGGGGGUGAAGAGAAAAACUACCGAAGAUCUGUUUCAGCCUCUAUCCUAUAUAAAACAGUCAAAACAGGGAUUUGGGAGAAUGAAGAAUCAAACUUCAGGGCCCAAUAGGUCAAAACUACAAGAUAUGCUUGCUAAUUUGAGAGAUGUUGAUGAGCUUCCCUCAUUGCAGCCAUCUGUGGGUUCACCUUCCAGACCCAGCAGCUCCAGGCUUCCUGAACAUGAGAUAAAUAGGGCAGAUGAAGUGGAAGCAUUGACAUUUCCUCCUUCUUCUGGGAAGUCAUUCAUCAUGGGAGCAGAUGAAGCGCUUGAAAGUGAACUGGGACUUGGAGAAUUGGCAGGCCUUACAGUGGCCAAUGAAGCAGAUUCACUAACUUAUGAUAUAGCAAACAAUAAAGAUGCAUUAAGGAAGACAUGGAACCCUAAGUUUACAUUACGAAGUCACUUUGAUGGCAUUAGAGCCCUUGCUUUCCACCCCAUAGAGCCUGUUUUGAUAACAGCAUCAGAGGAUCACACGUUAAAAAUGUGGAAUUUGCAGAAAACAGCCCCAGCCAAAAAGAGUACUUCUCUUGAUGUGGAGCCCAUCUAUACAUUCAGGGCCCAUAAGGGUCCAGUGCUUUGUGUGGUAAUGAGCAGCAAUGGUGAGCAGUGUUACAGUGGUGGUGCCGAUGGACUGAUCCAGGGCUGGGCCACCACCAACCCCAACAUCGAUCCCUAUGACUCUUAUGAUCCUUCUGUUUUAAGAGGCCCUUUGCUAGGCCACACUGAUGCCGUCUGGGGUUUGGCUUACAGUGCAGCCCAUCAGCGCUUGUUGUCCUGUUCAGCAGAUGGCACUCUUCGUUUAUGGAACACAGCUGAGGUUGCUCCAGCCCUAAGUGUGUUUAGUGAUAAUCAAGAAUUGGGAAUUCCUGCCUCUGUGGAUUUAGUGAGCAGUGAUCCGAGCCACAUGGUAGCAUCAUUCAGCAAAGGAUAUACAAGCAUCUUUAACAUGGAAACACAACAACGUAUUCUUACUUUAGAAUCCAACCUGGAUAUGACAGCCAACUCUUCCUGCCAAAUAAAUAGAGUCAUCAGUCAUCCUACUCUUCCCAUCAGUAUCACUGCUCAUGAAGACAGGCACAUCAAGUUCUAUGAUAACAAUACAGGCAAACUGAUCCACUCAAUGGUAGCCCACCUAGAAGCUGUUACAAGUUUAGCAGUUGAUCCUAAUGGCCUGUACUUGAUGUCUGGCAGUCAUGACUGUUCGAUACGUUUAUGGAACCUAGAAAGUAAGACUUGUAUCCAAGAGUUCACGGCUCAUCGGAAAAAGUUUGAAGAAUCAAUUCAUGAUGUAGCUUUCCACCCAUCCAAAUGCUAUAUAGCCAGUGCUGGGGCUGAUGCACUGGCUAAAGUCUUUGUAUGACACAAUGCAUCACUUUCACCUUCUAGCUCUUUAUAAAUAAUCAACUGCACAAAAGAGACACAGAAGACCAGGGCAAGAAUCAACCUGUCCUGCCCUUUUGUUCUGCCGAAGGAGCACAGAGAACAUUUGUUGAAGUAUAGUUUUGCAAUUCGUGUACUGUUUUCUAAAACUAAGGUUUGAUCAGGUUGCUGCAAGCUCAGCUGAAUCUGUGAGCCUGAAAAAUCUUUCAAAAUUUCCCCCAAAUAGAAUCUUUUAUUUCUGAGUUGGUUCUAAUUCGCUAGGCAGGCCUGAGCGAACUUAGGUUUAGCUUGUUCCUAUUGAGUAAAUAGGGCACACUAAAAGGGAUAAUUAAAAAACUUGAUGGCUGGGAAUGAGUAGAGGAAGAAUGGAGAUUUAGACCUAAUUAUCCCCUGAGAUAUCUUGUUAAACACAUUAGGUAGUCAAAACAAUAAUCUUUACCAUAUCUGCUGUACUAAACCCUAUGUGCAUAAUGACCAUGCAGUGUUAAAAUGAGUUUUUAAAUUUAGCUCUCCUUUCAACUAUUUACAGAAAGAACCCAACAAAGAGUUUUACUUAUUAAAGGAAAAAAAGAAAUGCAAUAAUAUGUUAAAUAUAUUACUAUUCAGAAAUACUAAACAAAUAUUUAGUUUGUGAGCAGAUUUCUGUAUUGUGUUAUAUUUCUGAAAAUAGAUUUGGUAUCAUUCUAAAGUUUAGCUGUCAAAAACACUCACCAUUAUGAACAAUAGUUGAUAGGUCUGCUUUUACUAAAGGAUUUAACUUAUUCAGGUUUAAAAUUAUGUUUAAGGGCCAACAGGGCAAAUCUUUAAAAUAAUUUCUAUUAAUUUAAAAUUCACUUUAUUCAUGUGAUAUUUAUAGCACCAGAGUGAUUAUUUCAUGUUUAUGAAGUCUUACCUUUCAGUGGUUGAAAAGAUGGAAGAUAUUUUCAAGUACUCAUUUAUCAAAACCCACAUAACCAUGCUUCAGAUGAUCUCUGCUCUUUCUUCUUUGUCUCUCAUAUUCAAAUUGUCUGACUCCUACCAAAAAUAAUUCAUAAUUACUAUGUUUUACCAGUCCCUUUAAAGGGUUUGGUUAACCUCAGGCAGCCACUUUUGUAGAAGUACUAAGUAAAGCAAACGUUUUGUACCCCUGAAAUCCUCCGUUAAUAUCUCCAAGAAGAACCUCUUGGAAAUCUGGAUGGAAGAGUUCAGUUUAUAACAUUGGCUACAGAGUUCUCUCUUUCCCUCUCCCUACCCACUCCUCCAUUGUUUAGUUUCACAUCAUGUUUUAAUGGGCAGUGAAUCAAUAUUAUUUCUGGAGAAAACCAUAUUUUAAAAGACUGGGUAGGUUUCCAUGAGCUCACUUUGCCUGUGAACUACACGUGGUCAGCUCUUGGGAUUCCCAGGACCUACUCCCUAGACCUGCUAGACAGAACUAAUUCCUACAACUGUCUUGCCUGUCCUUAUACUCUCGUUUGCCCAAAAUGUCAAAGACCAAUGUAGAAAUUAGAAAUAAAUUACUAAUGCCCAACUUUUCAUUAAAAUGUAUAUAUAAUAGGCUUUCAGAUUAAAAAAAUCCAUUUCCGUAAGUAUGUUAACUUGUUAAUAUAAUUCCUACAUUCCUAUCCCCACAUAUUCCAUUGUCAUAACAGGGCAGUUCUGUUGAUAUGUAUGUAUUUUCCUUGAAAAAGUAUUCUGGUGGUGAUGUGGAUCAUAAAUGACAAUUUAAAAAAUUUCCACUUGUCUGCCUCUAGAAUUCUGCAAUAUACAGGCAAAUUUUCUUUAAAGUUAAAGACCUGUGCUGUAUUUGCCUAACUGAUAAACAGACAUGCACUAACAUUUUGAUAUGCUACCUUUUCAUUUCAUUGGAGCUUUGGUUAACGGUGGGCUCAAAGGACUCCUUUGUAAUCAUCAUCAUCAAAUGAAUUGACUUGGACAUGACCUACCCAGUGAAUGUUUAUAUUCCUGUGCAGGUAGAGAAUUAGUGGAUUCCUCCUUUGGUUCUUAGAGUAAAGAAUUGUUGCGAACCUAACACUUGUAGAAGGAUACUGGAAAAUUCUGGUUAGGUGCCCUUACUUGGCAUAUUUUUGAUGGAUGACCACAAAACUAUUGUUGUACCAGUUACUGCUUUAAUUACCUUCCAAGGUCUUCAGUGCCUGCUUUACUUAUGUAUUCUCAAAACCAAGACAUUUUCUUCACCUGCAUUUUAUGCCUCAUGGUUGAGAUAGAGAUAUGUAGACUGUAGUGCAAAUGGUGGACUGUUGAAAGUUCCGUAGAAAGCCAGUGCUGUACUGUUGGACACUGUACACAGAUACCAAGAUUAUUCUCCACUAACACUGUAUGAUCUCCGCCUACAAAUGAGCCAAAGCUGUCUUCCAAGCAAAUAGAAGCAUAUCCAUGUGUCUGAUUUUUCCCUCAGUCUAUCAAAAAUUCAGUGAAAAUUCAUAAAAUGAACAAAUACAAGAUUCAGUCAUUAAAAUGCUUUCAUAGUGCUUGAUUUGUAAAUAUUUUGGAUGAAAUGUAUUGGAAUAGUGUGAAAAAUCAGCAGGAGAUAUGGGUCCUGCCUUAUUUUCAUAGGCUGUGUGAAUAUCCCUGGGAGCUUGCAGCACCUUCUCAAAACUCAGCUGUCGUAUGGAGCUCAUUUGCUACUUGAACCAUAGACAGAUAUUUAACAUAAGUGAUAUAAGGAUCUUCAGUAUUUUUCUAUUGAACAAGUUUAGCAAUUUUUGCCGUUAAACAGGUAAUUAGUUAUGCAAAGUAUUUAGCUUUUAUAAUCAUUUUAGUUAUGACUAAAAGGGGGGAAAUUAUGCUGCAUCACUGAUAAUGAACUUUGUGAGAAAUUUUUUGUUUAUCUGACUUUCAUUCCUUCAGUAUUCUUGCUAUAAAUUUCUUUUGGAGAUAAUGAUGAUUUAUUUGAAAAUGUCUAAAAUGUAUGUAUAUUUUAUAAAUAUAUAUUAUAUAUAUUGUAUAAAUAUAUAUAAUAUAUAUGCAUAUAUAUAUAUAUAUAUUAUAUAUAAACCAUAGGUGCAUUUUACUGUUUUGUAUGUUCAAUUUUGGAGGUAGUGUACACAGCAGGUAAUGAUGAGUAUGGUGAGUGUUGUACUGUUUGCUUUUGCAGUAUAAUAUAUAGUUCAAAUGUUUAAAUUACUGUAUAUAUGAUAUUCAUUAUAGGCUAGCAUGCUUGUUUUAAAGACUGUCAUUCUAGUUUAUUAAAAUCUGAAUGUAAGAAAACCUGGCUAUUCAAAUGUGAAUUGAAAAAUACUCCAUUCUAAGUACUGAACUAUUUCCACUGAACAUUCAGGAUUUUUAACAAAACAGAUAUCAUCAAGAAAGGCAAUAGCUAGAGAAUGAGAGGUGCCUUUAAAAAAAAAAAAUGCAGCCUUAUAGUGAGGAUGAGGAUUUGAAUUUGUGGUGGGGAGUUGUGAGAGUAAGUGAGUGAGUGAGUGAGUGAGUGUGUGUGUGUGUGUGUGUGUGUUUGCAUGUUUGCCAAUCUGUGAAGGUCCUGAUUUGUGACCAUCAAGGUCUUUUUAAUGUAUCUGCUCAACUUCUAGGAUUUCAGGGGACAUAGCAUGCUCUGUCUUCUUGCUCUUCUGAGCAGCACAUAUACUUUCCAAGAAUUCUGAAAGUGAAUUCCUAGAAAUUUUAGUAGAGAAUAACUGUUCUUUCAAUAUAGUCAAGUUCAGGUAAAAGGAAAAGUUACUGGUUCGCCAAAAUUACGAAAUGUCAUUCAUGUUGGCUAAUAAGUAAUCUUUAAAGGCCACUUUUUUUAGUACUUCAUGUAUUUCCCCUUUACAUAAGACAUGUCAUGAAAUUCUUAUGUGAAGAUUCAACUAGUAAAAAUUAUUUUUAAACACCUGAACUCAUUAAAAUUCUACCUAAGAAUAGUAUUUAAAUAGCAUCUGUCAUAUCUACCUCUGUCAUUGCUGCCAUUUUAAGUGAAGUAAAUCUCUGUGACAUCUGAAAUGAUGGUUGGAUGCAAUUUAAAAAUCUGUGUUGGUGCUUUUCUCGGGCUUUGUCAUUUAAGUUAUAUUGAACUAAAAUAUCACAAAUCAGAUUGAAAGACAGAAUUAAUUUUGGUUUUCUUUUUAAAGAACUGCAUAACAGUUAUCAUCAAUGUUGAUAGUGAGCAGAGAGAACUUAGUCUCUGGGUAGUGUAUGUCUGAUGUUUUCAACCAAGAACCAAAUUGUUACUGAAUUUACUUGGAAGAAGAGCUCCAAGUCUGAUUUCUUCAGCUUACUUUAUUCUUUGAAAGCUAUUUCAAGGCUAUUAAGUAUAUAAUCAUUAAUUUUAUUUACUCAAAAGUUGCCUCCAUUACUGUUACUUGUCUAGUUUAUAUAAUUGGAGUACUUUAAGUGUUUGACACUGGGAUUCAGGUUGUACAGACGUAGUAGCUGAGGGAAAUUAUAUGUACAGUCUUGUGAAAUGUAUCAAUUCCUAAAGUUAAUUUUAGGGGACUAUCCAGAAAACUAACAUAUCUGUGUUUAAAAAAAGGACAGGUCAUUGGUAAAUGAUUUGAAUUAUUUUUACUUUUGCCACUGAAAGCUUUUUAAUUAUAUUCAUCAUCCAGCUGGAUCUCCAUGUCAGUGUAAAGGACACCAGGUUGACAAAGUAUGUAGCAGACUGCAUUUGUUCUGCUUUUUAAUCUCAAAAAAGCAAAUUUAGGCCAAAAGAGAUCUGUAGGUCCCCCCCAGUAUUCCUGAAGUGGUGCCUAGGGGUCAGAAUUUUAUGGAUCUUUCUAGUGAAGCCAUCAAUUUGAUUUAACUGGGACCACAUGUUUGUCAUCCUUAUGAUGCAAGUUAGAAAGUUCAUUUUAAUUUAGAUUAAUUUUAAUGUCUGCCUGGGUUUUUUUUCAGGCUGUGAACCAGUGAGUGCCUUGUUAAUGCAGAAUGAUUCUUCCCUGGUUGUGUAUGAGCCCCCUUCUGGAAAUGCCUCAGAGAAUGGUGUUUUAGUUGGCCUGUAGAGAUCUGCUACAUUUAGUAUUAGCAGCUAUCAGAAACUCCUCAGUCUCCCACAUAUGUCCCUCCCUACUUUUCGUCUCAUUGUUUGGCUGAAGUUUGCCUCUUGUGAAAACAAAUACAACCCCCCUUGACAUACUUUUUUCCAGUCCAGAUUAAGAGGUAUUCCCUGUACCCAUCCCAACUUUAUGAUUCUCAUACCUGUCUUUAGGAGGAACCACUUCUUUGUAGUCCUGAAAUCUGCGGGUUAUUUUAUGUCUUCUCAACUUCAGUUUACUAGAGCUGACCUCAGGGCAUCGUCAGUUCAGCUUCCUGAAUAACUCCUUUUCUCUACACCCGCGUAUCACCCUAAUUGGUGAGCCCUGGAUCAGACUGAUCUUCAGGUAUUCUAAAAUUUAGUUAUAAUAUCAAUUAAUGUAAAUUAAUCCAAAUGCUAAUUUUUGUGGUGCGAGAAGUUUCUUUUGUAAAUUCAGGGUAUGGAUAAGCUAAUUAAGAUAUUCUUUUUUUGGUGGCUCUAAGUGUAUUAAUUUGUUUUUAAAUAAAGUGUACAAAUAUAGAUAA